UGGCAGCGACUUGUCGACCGCGCAACAUCCAAGUCUCCAGUUUUCUGACUUGCUCUGCCUACUACAAUGGAACUAGAUCCGCUGGACCCAACCUAUGUCAACGAAAGGCUGUCUCAGCCUCCAUUCAUCACUGUUCCAGGAGUAGUAAACGUCCGCGACCUCGGCUUGUACCCUAGCGAGACGUUCCCCGACUCUGUGAUUCGGCCUGGCUUCGUCUUUCGCUCCGGCGAAAUCUCGUCAAUCACGGAAGAUGGCAAAGCGACGUUGAGGGAACUGGGUGUAACGACCGUUUACGAUCUACGUUCGGACACCGAGAUACAGAGAUAUGAGACGCCGUCUCCUGACAUUGACGGUGUCGAUAUCGUACGCCUCCCUGUCUUCAAGACGGAGGACUACAGCCCGGAGAUGAUGGCCAAACGGUUUGAACUAUAUGCAAGUGGCAAGACAGAAGCUUUCAUGGAACUGUACUCGCAAAUAUUAGACAACGGCGGCCCCGCAUUCGGAACUAUACUACGUCAUGUUCGGGAUCGACCAAAUGAAGCCAUCAUAUUCCAUUGCACAGCCGGCAAAGAUCGGACUGGCGUUGCGGCUGCACUUCUGUUGAAAAUAGCAGGCGUCAGUGACGAUUCUAUUGCUGAAGACUACGCUUUGACGCGUGUUGGGCGAGAGCCUGCCCGUCAAAUGGUCAUGGCGCGCCUCGCGCAAAUGCCAAUGUUCGCCUCGAACACCGAAGCGGCACUCAAUAUGUUUACCUGUCGACACGAAACAAUGCUAGCGUUCCUCUCGCUGUUACGAGACCGUUACGGGGGUGUUGAGGAAUACAUCAGUACCUUCGCCGGGCUCUCUCCACAUGACAUUCAGCAAAUCCGCACAAAUCUCCUCAUCUCUAAUGAGAACAGCCAUAUAGACGUAUCCUCAUGACAUCUGCUCUCCAAUCGCUCCCGCAAAUACCAUAUAAUCCCCGAAUCAUGAUAAUUUAAUGCAUCAUAAUCUGUCCUGACUGAGAAACGUAAAUGUAGAUUGAUGAUUCUGACGAGAAGUGGGGUAUAUGAAUGAUG